CCUUUUCCUCCACUGGACACCAGUGUCAGCCACACAAGUAGACAUGGCUAUUGAAGCCAAGGCAGCAGGCAGGGCCAAGGACGGGUGGAUCGCCCUUGGGUGGUCGCCCAAAGGAAAGAUGUCGCCUGCUGAUGCUGUUAUUGGGAACCUGGGUGGCGGGCUUGUAAUGCCGUAUGUCAUUAAGGGGUACAACAUGGGCAAGAUUCAGGCCACGUCAGCGUUUUCCCUUGGGAGUAACGCGGCGACGGUCACUACCGCAGCAAACGAUACCAUUAUCACCUUCUCUCGCACCAAGAACACGGGAGUGGUCAUGCGAUUCCCCAUGGCAGGCCUGUCUAAGCUCGUAUGGGCCUUCUCCCGCCCAGGCUCUCCCUCGCUUUCCUUCCACGGCAACAGCUAUGGCACUGCAAAGGUGGAUUUCUCGUGCCGCGAGGGCGCCGCGUUCGUCGCGCCGUGUUUGCCGUCAGGGCUGGCGGGAUUCAGCCAUUCGGUGGUUCUAUCAGAGGCCGGUAUCGUUCUCCACUGGGUGCGCCGCAACCUGCUCUAUCUCGAGUUCGCGCUCGAGGCGCGCUUCGGCAGCGGCGCGGAGAAUGGUUGGAUCGCCGUGGGAUGGUCGCACGACGGUCGCAUGGUCCCCAGCAUGGCCAUCGUCGGCUCUCCGGCCGGCACUGCCGCCCAGAACCCGGCCGGCACUGCCGCCCAGAAAACACCGGCCGGCCGCGCCGCCCAAAACCCGGCCGGCACUGCCGCCCAAAUCCCGGCCGGCAGCGCCGGACAAGCCCCGGGCGGCAAGGGGAUUGGUCCGGGCAGCGGAGUGGGUGUUCUGGGCGGCGCGGCUGGCGUGGCGUCGUAUGCUAUUAGCGGGUAUAAGCGGGAGGAUGUGCAGUUGCUGGUGGAAGCCGCGGGGAACGGGGGAGGAGGAGAGGUGGGGAGUGGUGGAGAGGGGUGGAGCAUUUACACGUCACCUCGAGGGUCGACAGUGAUGCGCUUCUCCCGCAGCCUCGUCUCAAACCCACCUAUCCUCAAUACAAGCACAACCGGCAUAAGCACAGCAACGGAAGGGAGCCCCUCUAGCGAGCCGACGUACAGCAUGAGUCACCACGUGAUCUGGGCCUACUCGGACAGACGAGAGGACGUGCUUCGGUACCAUGGCAAGAACAGGGGUUCUGCCUUUGUGGAUUACAUGUGCGACCUGCUCGCCUCGCCUGCACGCCAGUCCUGCCAGCAGUCCACCCUGCCCGGCUACACCUGCAUGCUACAGCUGCAGGGAGACAGUUUCACCCUUCACUGGCACCUCACGCCCUCCUCUCUCCUCCUCGCUGCUGACGUGGCAACCGUUGGUUGGGUGGCUCUCGGUUGGUCCGAGGACGGCAAGAUGGCCGGCAGCGAGGCGGCCAUUGGGAACCUGCCACGUGGCACCAGCAUGGCAGGCGGCGGUGCUGACGUGGCAGGAAAGGAGGAGGAGCAGGCCGUGCGGACGUUCCUGAUUGGUGGAUACGAGAGGAGCGCUAUUCGCCCGGCUCCUCUGAAGGUCACUGUGACUAAUGCGAGUGUGACAACAACGAGCAACAAAAGGACUGUAAUGAAGUUCGAGCGGCCUCUAGUGAACGGGGAGCUGCCUCUCUCCUCUGCUGACGUGGCAACCAUUAUCUGGGCGUAUUCUGAUGAAGGUUCCAAGAAGCUCACCUUCCACGGAAACAACAGUCACGCCCACGCCUGGGUCGGCAUUGCUGUUCUCGUCCUCCUCCUCGUCUUCCAACCACUCGUCAUUUUCCUCCGGCCGCUCAACAACAGGAAUGACAGCAUCGACCAAUCGCGCUUUGCCACGUGGACAAGGAGCACGUGGCACUGGGUGCACUGGGCGGUUGGGAUUGCGGCGGUGGUGAUGGGAUGGGCGAAUAUAUUCCUCGGAAUGAACCUCUACUUCAGCUUCAUCGGAAGUGACCCAUUUGGCCUUGAAGCAUUUUUUGGCAUCAUAAUGGCAGUGUUUGUCAUUGUGUACAUGCUCUUCAUAUGCCGCGACCAGCUUGAAAAAAGCAAACUAGACGGGCCUCAGUACAGUGCAUAUGCUAGCCGGGCGAAGAACAGCGAUAUUAUCGUGGGACAGGCUAAGGAGAGCAGCAGCACCGUACAGGGACUCGGAAAAGGGAGGUUUCCUGGAAGCUUCGAGAAUCAGGAUGGCGUGUUGAGCCUGCUUCCAGACAGUGCCGGCGACCAACGGGAGGCGCGCACUGGCGGUUUGAGGAUGUUGCAAGAAACCAGCCAAUGGACGACGGACAGCAGCGUGUUACAGGUGGCGCGAUGCCAGCCGUCCACGUUGGGCGGGUACACGCACUCCACGCAGCUCUCCACCAACGGCCUUCUCCUCCACUGGACCGUCCACCCUGCCACGUCAUCAGUCCACAUGGCACUAGAGGCCAAGCCAGAGAGCGGCGCAGAGGCAGGCUGGCUUGCGAUUGGCUGGUCGUGGGACGGGCGAAUGGCAGGCAGCGAUGCGAUUCUAGCCAACGCGGCAGGCGGGGGGUUGAAGGCUACAGGGCCGCUCAUGGCCGUGCAUAUAGCGGGGUACUCUGUAGAGGGGAUGAAGCGGAUGGAGCACGGGCUUUCAUACAGCAAGACGAACUGGAGUGUGACUGUGAGCCCAAGGGGGUCGACUAUUGUCAGGUUUCAAAGGACAGCUGGUGAUGUUGCGGCAGUGCCUCUGGCUCUCGAUGCUUCUAACGUCAUUCUCUGGGCGCACUCCCCCGACAACUCACAGACGCCUCUCUACCACGGGCCCCACCGGGGCGCAUUGCUCCUGGACUACUCCUGCGCCUCCCCCCCUAGCCGCCCCCCAGUGGCACCCCCAACACUGCGUGGCAUUGCCUGUGACCCCUCUCCCCUGCCGGGAUUCACCUGCUCACGGCAACUCCGAGGCACAGAUUUCAUCCUGCACUGGCGGGUCAACAAGGCAUCAGUCUCUCUCGCAGCCGAUGCAGCCACCACAGGCUGGGUGGCACUCGGCUGGUCCCGCCUGGGCCGCAUGGCUGGCAGCGAUGCAGCCAUAGGCAACCUGCCGUACGGGGCAACGGGCUUGGGCAUGCCGGCAGUGGGGGCGUUCUCUAUUGGUGGAUACAGCAGAGAAUCUAUCAGCCUGUCUGAGUUGUUUCGAGCCGCCAAGAGCGGCACCACCACUGCCAAUGGCAGAACUCUGAUCUGGUUCGAGCGUGUGUUUGGGGCGGGCAUGAACCCCAUGCACGAGAAUGGCCUGGCCAACAUCAUAUGGGCGUACGCGGGGGAUGGGUCUCAGAACCUGGACUUCCACAUGCAGAACCGUGAAAGAAUGGGCUGGCCAACAUCACAUGGGCGUACAUGGGAGAUGGGUCUCAAAACCUGGAUUUCCACAUGCAGAACCGACCCAUCUGAAAUGGCAUCAGGGCUAAUCCAAAAGCAGCAGCAGCAGCAGCGGCAGCAGUAUGAUUCCGCCACCACCACCACCACCACCAACGCCCCCUCCUCUUCCUCCUCCUCCUCCUCCUUCCGUCCCGCCGCUCCUCCCGACGCCUCCCCUCCUCUCUCCCCGCCUCUCUCCCCAACCACCAGCGCAUCCCUCCUGCAACCCCACCCCUUCCUCCCCUCUCUCUCCUUCCUCCCGAACCUCCAACUCCACGCCCUCUCCUAUCACCAAUACCUCAACCUCUCAGCCCUCCUCUGCUGCCUCCUCGGCUGCACGCUCGCGUUCGCAGCCGUCGGAUCGGACGGCCUGGCCCAAUCGCACGGUCAGAUGGGCCUCGUCGUGCUCCUCCUCGUGCUGGUGCAGCCAGUAUUAGGGUUCCUGCGGCCAGACAAGGGAGCUAGUAACAGGCUGUCGUGGCGGUUUGCGCAUGGCCUGCUGGGGCUGGCAGUGCUGGGCAUGGGGUGGGCCAACGCUUUUUCCGGCUUGAAGCUUUACGACAUCAUCUUUUUCUCGUCUGUUCAGGUUUGCGCAUGGGCUGCUGGGGCUGGCGGUGCUGGGCAUGGGGUGGGCCAACGCUUUUUCCGGCUUGAAGCUUUACGGCAUCAUCUUUUUCUCGUCUGUUCAGGUCAGUGUUUAGGGCAGUGGGGGGCUGUGCACGGGUUUCUGGGGGUGUUGGGGUUUCUGGGGGUGUUGGGGUUUCUGGGGGUGUUGGAGUUUCUGGGGGUGUUGAGGUUUCUGCGGCCAGACAAGGGAGCUAGUAGCCGGCUGUCAUGGCGGUUUGCGCAUGGGCUGCUGGGGCUGGCAGUGCUGGGCAUGGGGUGGGCUAAUGCCUUCUCUGGGCUGAAACUCUACUCUAUCAUCUUCUUCUCGUCUGUCACGGUAUGUGUGUAG